AUGCCACCGCACUGUGCCGCACUUGACCGCAGAUACCUCUUUGAGGGCAAUCUGACAGGGCCCAUCCCCGAGUUAAUAGGAGCGCUCACCAGCCUGCACGAUCUGCAGGUGUUGAGCAAUAGCCUGGGUGGCACCAUUCCCGCCGCCAUUGGCAACCUCACCGCACUCACCAACCUGUGCAGCCAUUCUCCCGCCACCCCCCUCUCUCCCUUCCUCCCUCCACCCGCCCCUCUUCCGUUCCCCCUCAACCCUCCCUCUCUCUAA